GAAACUGUAUCGAGUAUAACUUCCCUUCUAUUUUCUAAGAACACGUUGGAGUGGGUAAGGCAGUGCUCAGUUUGGCCGCAGCGAUGCGAGCGCGAGCCGUUACCGUCGCAUUCGCGCUGUGUUUUUAUUUUACAAACGCGCUUCAACAAUCUAGUUCAUUUACAGACCAAAGACUAUCGAAACUGUUAGCAUGCAACCAGGCAUUGGGACCUAUGAAAUGUUUGACGGCAUUCAGCGCGUGGCGAGCGCGAAGAGCUGUCGAUUUGAUCACAAACCAUCAAAGAACAUUCGAAGUUAACGUUGACCUAGACCAGUUUCCUUGGGAAAAAUAUGCCAAUCAAUCAGAGGAACAAGUGUACAGCGAUCUCUGCGAUGGGACAGAAAGUUUGCUGAGGUUUAGGAAACUUGAUCUUGAUUUUAACGAUGACUACACUCUGCGGUUGGGAAGUAAAGGCAACGGAACCCUGAACGUCGAUGUUAUAAAAAGCGACGGAGACACUGGCCGGGGUUACAUGAAGAAGAUGAAAAAAAAGUUUUUAAACAUUAUACCUUUACUAUUAGUUCCUGGGCUCAUCAUGUCUGCAAUCUUGCCAUUUGUCUUGCCAGCUUUAAAAAUGAUGGUCAUAGCUGUCGGUAUACUAAACAAUAUGGCACUGUCAGGCGCCGUAUUCACAUUGUUAAGAAAUAACGCAUUCAACGAAGCAAAUCAACAUAGAAUUAUUUAUGUGAACGAGGGUUACCACAACGAGAAGCAUUACCCUAUACCGACUGAUUUACAUCAUUACUCGGCAUCCAGUGAUAUUAUUAGUGAACUAGCGCCACCUGGCGGAGAAAAUAUUUUGUUAACUGACAACACUGGGAUAAAGGAUGCAAACUUGCCUUGGAUUGAUAACAGAGAUAUAACCAGUCACGUUUACUACACGGACACUAAAGUAAGACGUAAAGGUCAUAUCCCCAAAGAGACUGUACCCUAAUGUAUAUUUAGUAUAAGUCUACCUUAUUAUAAUAACUUUAAUUAUUUUAAUAUACGUAAAUCAUAAAAAUAGUGUUUUCAAUAACCUACAAACAUAUAAUACCUUAGAAAUGGCACC